GCCGUUUUAAUAAUUCUUCCUCCUCCUUAUCGAGUCAUCUUCGUUCCCAGGACAGAGCAACAGAUAAAUGGAAAAGCGCGGGCAAAAGGCGAAGCAAGUUGUUAGCUUAUUGGUAGUGAUAUCUUGGGUCGGAUCAUGGCGGGCUCUUGCUUACAGACCCGGCGACAUCGUUCCCAUGAGCCGCAGGGGCCAAUAUCAUUCCUCGAGGAGCGUAUGGUAUGAUAUGAUAGGCCGCCACUGUCCAACCUUUGCGGUCAACCGUGAGGCGUUGAUACCGAUACCAAAACCCACUGGUUAUACUGGAGCGGAUCCCCACAAAAUAUCAUUUCAAGUUGGGAGGGAAAAAUUUUACAUCCCAUGGCUUUUUUUGAUCAAUCGAAAGUCUUCUGAGGUUCCAAUGAUAGAUAUGCAUUUGAGGUAUGCAGGGAGCGACUUGCUUGGUGUAACUGCCAAAAUUAUUGAUAUGCCUCACAGAUAUAUUGAAUUUCAUCCCGACAUUAGGAAACAAUUCUGGGAUAAAGAUCAUUGGCCAAAGCAUGUCCUUGUCAGAUAUACAUGGGAAGAGCAAUCAGAGAUAGAUGUAGCUUCCGGAUUCUACGUUCUCUUUGGAUCAGGACUUAUGUUGUCACUCAUUCUCGCAAUCUACAUUUUGCAAUCAUCUCGUGAUAAAUUGGCACGAUUUGUGAAGGAGACUGUUGCAGACAGUAGCAUGCCUGCAGGAGUAGUUGCGAAAGUUGAAUGAUCUAUUUGGAGAUUUGUGAGGGAGGCUGUUGCAGACUGGAGCAUAUGGCUGCAGCAGGGGGAGUGGCAAGAGUUGAAUGAUCUGAUUGGAGGUUCUGAGGUCCAUCCAUUCUUGUAACGUUCCCAAGAGAAUCGUGAGGUUGUACGAGUUUGGAGGGAAAAUUAGGGUUUUCAGUUUUUUUUUUUUCCCCCUGCUUGGGAUUUUACAACUGAUGCAACAAGAAAUGUGUUUAACUGCAGUCUCGUAUUUCUUUUUUGUUUUUGUUUUUUUUCCCCGUUAUGUCCAGGACUGGGGUAAGUUAAACUUGGAAGUCAAGAGCAGGUCAUAAUUAAAGAGGCAGAGAAUGAGCAGUGAGCAUGUUAUGGACCAUACGCUUAUGCACUUUAAAUAGCCGGUGGUAGUAUUGUGCAGGAGGUAAAAGGUUGCUGCU